AUGAGAAUUUGGUCAGCCAUCUUAAAAAUUUGCAGGUUUUUCUCUCUCCGCCUCGGUAAAUGCUGGGCAUUCGGAAAGGCUUGCUCUGUUCAUCUUCCUUCUGAUUAUAAGCGUCGAAUUUGCGCGCCCGUCUCUAUUCUCCGGGCUUUACCAGCUGAACAACUCAAGCCACCGAAAGUAGACAAAUCCUUAUUUUCUAAGUUGCACAUAAUGGAGGUUGGUCUAACUAAUGAUUGGGAACUGACAACAGUAAGUAACGUUGUUAAUAUUGUCGUUGUUGGGAAGGCUGGAAAUGGAAAGAGUGCAACGGGCAACAACAUUCUUGGAAGGGAAGCCUUCUUUUCUAAUCUUAGCCCUUCAGGAGUAACUUCUACUUCUGAACUACAAAGAACUGUUUUGAAUGAUGGCCGUAUUGUUAAUGUUAUAGACACUCCAGGACUGUUCGAUUUUUCUACUGGUGUUGAAGUAAUAAGGGGGGAGAUAGUGAAAUGCAUUGAUUUAGCCAAGGAUGGUAUUCAUGCAAUUCUCAUGGUUUUCUCCAUUGGAUCUCGCUUUACAAGAGAAGAGGAGGCUGCUGUUGAGAGUAUGAAGUCACUUUUUGGUGAUAAGAUUGUUAACUACAUGAUUAUAGUUUUUACUGGGGGGGACACAUUGGAAUCCAAAAGGAAAAGCUUGAAGGACUAUAUUUGCUUUUGUCCAGAGCCUUUGAAGAACAUCAUUCAGCAGUGUAAUAAUAGAGUAAUCGUUUUUGAUAAUACCACCAUGGAUAUGAUCAAGAGGGAGGGACAAGUAAAUGAGCUGCUCUCUCUUGUUGAAUCUACUAUUAUGGACAAUGGUGGAAAACCAUACUCAAAUAAGAUUUUUGCAGAACUCAAGGAAGGAGCUUUACUUCGGGACCAAAAGGCUAAAGAAAUUGAAGCUAAAGAAGGAUGUUCCAAAGAGAAGUCAUUUGAACUUAUGAAAGAGAUUAUUAAAUCAUAUAAUGAUCAACUGAAGCGUGUAACUGAGAUGGUCGAAGAAAAUUUGAAGUUAACUAUAGAGAGUUUAAGUAAGCAGCUGGCUGAAGAGCAAACUGCACGGAUGGAAGUAGAAAGGCUUGGUGGAGAAUCACGGAAGGAGUCGAAUGAAGAGAUUCGGAAGCUCAAAGAGGAGAUGAAUGAGGCUAGGAAGGAAUAUGUGGAGUCGAUGAGAAGACAUGAAAAUGAAAAACAUGGGUGUGCUAUCCUAUGA